GGGGAUGGCCAUGCAGCCGGCGCUCCGCUAGGCAAGCGCGGCGAGGCUCGGCGCGGGCCGGAGCUCCGCGGCCAUUCCCUCAGCAGCGCGGCGGCACCGGCCCCUGCCCCACCGGUACCAUGAGGAACGGCGAUGACUUGGAGGGCUUCGAUGGCGAGGCGUCCAGCACCUCCAUGAUCUCGGGGACCAGCAGUCCCUACCAGCCCACUACGGAGCCCGUCAGCCAGCGCCGGGGGCUCGGCGGCCUCCGCUGCGACCUGGACUACCUGCGGGGCACCCUCGGCAAGAUCAAGCUGGCCGAGGUGGUUUUGGCACUGAUUGCGUUCAUCUGCAUAGAGACCAUCAUGGAAUGCUCCCCUUGCGAAGGCCUUUAUUUCUUUGAAUUUGUGAGCUGUAGCGCGUUGGUGGUUACUGGAGUUCUGUUGCUUAUGUUCAGUCUAAAUCUUCACACAAGAAUACCACAGAUCAACUGGAAUCUUACUGAUCUGGUCAACACUGGACUCAGCACUUUCUUCUUUUUCAUUGCCUCUGUAGUACUUGCUGCUUUAAACCAUAAAACUGGAGCAGAAAUUGCUGCUGUGAUAUUUGGUUUCUUGGCAAUGGCAGUGUAUGCUGUGAACACAUACUUAACUGUUAAAAAGUGGCGAAUGAACAGCAGGCAACAAAGUAGUCGGCAGACCAGUGAUUACAUACGUGCUCGGACAGAGUCCAGAGAAGUGGAUCAUCACCCUGAGAUUCAGCGUCUGGAUGCAUGAAAGCAACAUUCAAAUGGGACUGCAAAGGGAAAAGACAUGCUUAACUCCCUCAUGGAACAAAGGGUUUUGUCUUUAUUUAAGGAAGAAAAGGAAGAUCAGAUGGUGGCAAAGAAUGCCCAGCCCUGCAUUAUGUGCAGAAGUGCAUUGAGUUAGAAGCUGUUGUCAUGAAGGCAGUAAAUGUUGGUCAUUCAAAAGCAAGAUCUGUUUAAGAUGUCCACAUAUGUAUGCAUAUAUUAUAUAGCUUAUAUAAUAUAUAAGUUUUGAAGUAUGUUAUUGUUUUGGAUUAACUGCACAGUACUUUCCUUCCCUCUCCCAAGUGCAAGCUCUGAAUAUACAUGUUCUGCCACUGUUUCUUCACCUAUUGUAGACACUAAGACCAGCACUGCAUUGGUUGGUUAAUAUAGGAAAGAAAACCACCAAAAGAAAAUCUAAUACAUGCUAAAAGGAGGUGAAGGGCAAAUAGCAAUAACUUUAACCACGUUAUUAUGUCCAGCCAACUCUCGGUAUCCAUCCUCAUGCAGCCCUCAGCGGUGCAGUUCAGUUCUUGUCUCCUGCAGUUUCACUCUUGGUGCAGUUAUAUAGCCGAAAUGGACAACCACCUCCCAUUUUUUUGUUUGGUGGAUGUAGUGUUGAGGUAGUUACUCUGUGGAUUACUUUAGAAUUGCCAUAUUCGGUUCAUACAUGAAUUUGUGCAAAGUUAGCAAGGUUCUUGAAUGGUCACCAUAAUGCAUCAAAUGCAGGUAUGUGGUUUUCUGCAAAUGUUGGGAUACAUUCUAUUUUUCAUUCUGAAAUAGGGAGGUAAAUAUGGUUAGGAGGUAGGGUGGAGAAAAGGGGGUUGAAGGGCACAGUAUAGAAAGAAGAGGUUGUCAUCCAAUAAAUUUGCAUUUCAGUUAUGGCUUUUUUUUUCUAAUUUUAUUUUUUAAGGUUCAUCAUUUCUGAGGAGCCUGGGGUGAGCAAGAACCAGCAACAAAUUAUGAUGGACUUACAAAGUGUGUUUCUAAGGUUUCAAUAUUGUGAUUCAUGCAAUAUAUUGUCCUUUUUUGGAAGGCUGAUUGCUUCUGCUAAAAUUUAAACUGUCUGUAGUAGGUAAAAAGAAUUUUUAAAGGUGUUUUUUUUUUGUUGAUUUUCUUUUUAAUUGGGUAUUUCUCCAAUUUUUUUUUUGCUAAUAUUUCUUUGGAAAAUGAGUUAAUUGACGGAUAAUACAGUUGUAUUGGCUUGUUCAGAAAUAGUUUUACUUAACUGUAAGUUUCUUGUUAGUUGUACUUCCAGUGAAGAGAAUGAUAUUUUGUCUACUCAGAACUGAAGUUGUGCAGGAGUUGGUCAGACAAAAUCAUGACUUUAUUAGGAAGAUGUCCCUUGAUAUUUUUCUGGGCUUUAUUUGAUUGGUGUUUUUUAUCGAUGUAAUGCAUUAUUUGGCAUACGCAUGCAGGCGUGUUACAGGAGGAAUAUAUGUGGUAGAGAAGAUCUCUAUAGAGCUGAAUUCCUUCCUGGUAUAAGCUGCUGAAAUCUCUCAAAAUUAGCAGAACUGUGUGUCCCGUCUGCCUGAAUCCAUCUCAUGUUUGGCCUGGACACUUUUUGCAUUGUAUUCUUGUGUAGACGUUUUCUUAAGUGAUUGAAUAGACAAGAGCAAACAGCAGUACAUGGCAAAUAGGUCACUUACAGAUGUGAAAACCAGGUUAUACUUAACAGUAGGUCAGUAGAAGUUUCUGGGCUUUUUUAAUACCAGAGGGAAUGGAGAGUAACAGCUAUGAACCUAAUGCUGCAAUGUUUGAAUCAAGCAACAGAGAAUUUGAUGUGUGAAAAACCGGUGACAAAACCGAUGUCUUCUUGUUUUCAUUUUACUAAUGUCUGCAGUGCAUUUCACCUUAGUGGCUAAGGUAGAGAUCAGAAUUCAGAAAUAAUUAGUAAUGAGGUAAAAGAAACUUUGCAUCUUCUUAAGGACUAACGGUUCACCAGUUACUACAGACACAUUUUAUUGUGCUUCUUGAAAGUUAAUGCCAAAGGGAACACCAGUGUAAAAAGAAAAAAAGAUGGAAUGGUAAAAGCCAACCUCUGGUGUUGAGUUUAGAAUAGAGACAUUUUACUGAGAUGUCUUGCCAGGAUUACUGUGUGUUUCAGAGAAGUAAAUGACAGCUGCAUGUUCAGUGUGGUAUGAAAUAACAAAGUUUGUUAUUGCCAGUGCAGAUGUUACAGCCCUGCUGUUUAUCAGCACUCUGACUAAUAUUGGCAAAGGUUGCAAUGAGAGUUCAUGGGCAGUGUCAGUGACUUACGAGAACCUUUCAGAACGUUGUCCUCCAACAGAUCCACUCUUUUAGCGUGGAAUCCUCAUCUGAAAUCAAGAAACAUAAGUGAUGCAUAGCAAAGGCUUUUCAUUAGGCGCAUAUCCUGUUGAUGGUUAACAAGGGCUGAAAUGGUGUGUACAUAAGAAGCCACCCUGUUCCCUUCCUGUACUCCCUGUGCUGGUUCUGGCUUUUUCCAGAGGUGUAGGAAGUCUCAUGCAUCUAUAAGCUUAUGUAUUUGGUCUCUUCCAAAUCCUUGCACCUAUCCUUGGCAACAUCACCCAGCUUUUUCUGAUCAUGAGAUCUUGAAAAGCUUUGGUUACCUUUUAGCUGGAAUGACAAAUGCAGAGUGAUGCAGUGAUACACUUCUAAUAC